AUGUUAAGAAGUAGUAGAUCCCGCCUUGUGACCAGGAACAUCCUUUUGCGUCAAUUCAAGAAUGGUAACAACGUCAGGUUGAUGAAUGCAACGAGGUUCCAGCAUAAUGGCAUAGUUGGUAACGAAAAGUUAGCUUCGGAUUCUCAGAAGUUUGUGGAUGAGUCUUAUCACUGGAUGCAAUAUCGGAAACAGAUGAACGACCCUGUUUCAAGACAGAGACUUGAACAGUUGGAAUCCCAAUGGGUAAAAAGCAUACAGUUGAAGCAGGAUGAUAAGGGCAAGGAUAUAGAUCAGCCAGAAUCUGAAAACAGGAAGAAAGAAGAGGAACAAGUCCCUACUGAAGAAAAGGACAACGAUACUGCAAAGGAAUCGGAAACAUCUCAGCAACGGGAUUCUGUUGCAGAGACUCAGGGCCCAGCUAGCACUUCUGGAGGAGCAUCGGGUAACGGAGAAUCAUCAGGUAAUGGAAGCGGUGAUGAUGGUAACAAUGGAAGUGGUAAUGGAAAACCUUCCAAGAACGCUAAACAACCGUUCCCCGAAGUUUAUCCCCAAGUGAUGGCAUUACCAAUAUCUCGCCGUCCAUUAUUCCCUGGUUUUUACAAAGCAGUUGUAAUUUCAGAUGAAAGAGUCAUGAAAGCGAUUAAAGAUAUGUCAGAUCGUCAACAACCAUACAUUGGUGCAUUUUUGUUGAAGGAUUCUACUGUUGAUACCGAUGUGAUUCAUAAAGCUGAUGAAGUUUACAAUGUCGGUGUCUUCGCCCAAGUUACAAGCGCAUUCCCAAGUAAAGACGAAAAGACUGGUGCUGAAACGAUGACCGCUCUAUUAUACCCACACAGAAGAAUCAAAUUGGAUGAAUUGAUCCCACCAACUUCUGAACAAAACCUGAAGGAUGAAUCAGAUGUAUCCAAGAGCGAAGGUGUCGAAAAUAAUGAACAAGAGGUAGUUAAGGCCUCUUUACAAAAGAUGGAAAAUAUGAAGGAUGUUGAAGAAGAUGACGAUGAGAAUUUGACCGGGUUCUUGAAAGAUUAUGAUGUUUCAUUGGUCAAUGUAUCCAAUUUGGCUGACAAAGAAUUUAAUCCGAAUUCCCCCGUCAUCAAUGCGUUGACCUCUGAAAUUUUGAAAGUGUUUAAAGAGAUUUCUCAAUUGAAUACCAUGUUCAGAGAACAGAUUGCAACUUUUUCAGCAUCAAUUCAAUCUGCCACCACAAAUAUUUUCGAAGAGCCAGCAAGAUUGGCUGAUUUUGCCGCUGCCGUUUCUGCUGGCGAAGAAGAGGAAUUACAAGAAAUCCUUGAAUCCUUGGACAUUGAGCAACGUCUUGAAAAGGCAUUGACAGUGUUAAAGAAAGAGUUGAUGAAUGCUGAACUACAAAAUAAAAUCUCUAAAGACGUUGAAACUAAGAUUCAAAAGAGGCAGAGAGAGUAUUAUCUAAUGGAACAAUUGAAAGGAAUCAAGAGAGAGUUGGGUAUAGAUGAUGGUCGUGAUAAAUUAAUUGAAUCUUUCAAAGAUCGUGUAUCUAAGCUACAAUUACCGGAAACAGUUCAAAAAGUAUUUGAUGACGAAAUCACUAAAUUAGCGACUCUCGAAACUUCACAAUCUGAAUUUGGUGUGAUUAGAAACUACUUGGAUUGGAUCACUUCCCUACCUUGGGGUAUUAUAUCUAAAGAACAGUACAGUAUACCAAAGGCGAAAAAAAUCUUAGAUGAAGAUCACUAUGGUAUGAAGGACGUCAAAGAUCGUAUUCUUGAGUUCAUCGCCGUUGGUAAGCUUCUCGGGAAGGUUGAUGGUAAGAUCAUCUGUUUUGUUGGACCACCUGGUGUGGGUAAGACAUCCAUUGGUAAGUCCAUUGCUCGCUCUUUGAACAGACAAUUUUUCAGAUUCUCAGUAGGUGGUAUGACUGAUGUGGCUGAAAUCAAAGGUCACAGAAGAACCUAUAUUGGUGCUUUGCCAGGUAGAGUCAUCCAAGCUUUAAAGAAAUGUCAAACUCAAAACCCGUUGAUUUUGAUUGACGAAAUUGAUAAGAUUGGGCACGGCGGUAUCCAUGGGGACCCCGCCGCAGCGCUAUUAGAAUUAUUAGACCCAGAACAAAACAAUAGUUUCUUGGACAACUAUAUGGAUAUUCCAAUCGAUUUGUCUAAAGUUUUAUUCGUUUGCACCGCUAAUUCUUUAGAAACUAUCCCAAGACCAUUGUUGGACCGUAUGGAAGUCAUUGAACUAACUGGUUAUGUUGCUGAAGAAAAGGUUAAGAUCGCAGAAAAUUAUCUAUCGCCAAGUGCAAAGAAAUCUGCUGGUUUAGAUAAUGCUAACGUCAACAUUACCGAGAAUGCUAUUGUUUCUUUGAUGAAGCAUUACUGCAGAGAAAGUGGUGUUAGAUCAUUGAAAAAGCACAUUGAGAAAAUCUACCGUAAGGCUGCGUUGAACGUCGUUAAACAAUUGAGCAUAGACGAUAAACCUAUGGAAAAUGAAGAAGUGAAGGAUCAAAAGGAUAUAAAGGUCAAGCAAUCCGAAAACAAAUCUAGUGCUGAAGCAUCGACCGUAGAAUCCACUACUGAAGAAAAUGAACUGAUCAAGACCCAAAAAUCUCACGAUAACAAGGGUUCCUUAGAAGUACCGGAAACUGUUUCUGUGACUGUAGACGAAAACAACCUAAAGGAUUACGUAGGUCCACCAAUCUUCACUACUGAUAGAUUAUACGAAUCUACUCCUCCUGGUGUUGUGAUGGGUCUUGCAUGGACUAGCAUGGGUGGAUGUGCAAUGUACGUAGAGAGUGUUUUAGAACAGCCUUUGACACAUUCAACUCAACCUACUUUAGAACGUACCGGCCAACUUGGAGAUGUAAUGAAGGAAUCCUCUAGACUAGCAUACUCUUUCUCAAAGAUGUACUUGGCCAAGAAGUUCCCAGAAAAUAGAUUCUUUGAAGUUGCAAAGAUCCAUUUGCAUUGCCCUGAAGGUGCUACACCAAAGGAUGGUCCAUCUGCAGGUGUGACAAUGGCCUCUUCAUUCUUAUCACUGGCUUUGAAUAAGGGUCUUGACCCAACAGUGGCUAUGACCGGUGAAUUGACUUUGACUGGUAAAGUUUUGAGGAUCGGUGGGUUAAGAGAAAAGGCCGUAGCAGCCAAGAGAUCUGGUGCCAAGACUAUCAUUUUCCCCAAAGACAAUUUGUCAGACUGGGCUGAGCUUCCAGAGAAUGUGAAGGAAGGAUUGGAACCUUUGGCCGCAGACUGGUACGAAGAUGUUUUCCAAAGACUAUUCGGAGACGUAGACACUAACAAGGGUAACACCGUUUGGUCAGAAGACUUCAAGAAGAUUGAUGAAAAACGCAACAAGGAAACUAAAUAA